UAAAUAGUCCAGCCACAUUCUUUCACCUCAUCUUUGUUCCAUCCUCUGCCUGCAGAAGCCUCAGCCACAGCAGUGAUCGCACCAUACAGGGUCAGCAGCCAAUACUACGAUGCCAGAACAAGUGCGUGAGAGAAAGCCCAAAAUCUCAGCGUCCCGCAAGCUCAUGCUAAAGAGCUUGAUGGUGGCCAAGGCGAAGGAGGAACUCGAGCAGGAGAUUGUGGACAAGGAAGAAGAGAAGCAGAGGUACCUGGCGGAGAGAGCGCCCCCUCUGAAGACCAGCGGCUUGUCCUUCUCCGAGCUCCAGGAGCUCUGUCGGGAGCUGCACGCAAAGAUUGACGUGGUGGACGAGGAACGGUACGACAUCGAGGCCAAAGUCAUGCUCAACACCAGAGAGAUCAAAGACCUGAGCAUCAAGGUGCUGGACCUGAGAGGGAAGUUCAAGAGGCCCACGCUGAGGAGAGUCAGGGUGUCGGCCGAUGCUAUCCUACGCUCGCUGCUGGGCUCCAAGCACAAGGUGUCUAUGGACCUAAGAGCCAACCUCAAGUCCGUCAAGAAGGAGGACACCGAGAAGAAAAGGCCGGUGGAGGAUAGCGACUGGAGGAAGAAUGUGGAGGCCAUGUCUGGCAUGGAAGGCAGGAAGAAGAUGUUUGAUGCCGCAAAGGGACCUGCCCAAUGAGGAGGUAUUGCGGAAAAAAGAUGUGGCAGAGACCCUAAUCUCCACCCUUCUGCUUCUCUCAACAAAUCAGUGAAGCCAUGCACCUAGUGUGACUUGGUUCCCUGGCACUAAUCUGAUGUCAGUCUGAAAUUCAUAGCCAUAAGUGACAGCUUCUAUUUCUCUUCCUGUAUAAGCAGUCUCUGGUGUCUCAGAUGUGUUGUGAUGUGAAUGCUCUGGUCUUUAUUCUGUUACUGAAAUAGAAGGUUCUGUGGUUUCCUUAAGCCCCGCUAGAAUCCAAUAUAGUCAAAUAUGCACUCAGACUGCAUGACCUGUUGAAUUUUCAUGUCCACAGGACACUAAUACAUCAUACAUUAUA